AUGCGGUACAUAUUCCUUCUAUUGACUCUCGUGGCCCUCGGAGCGGCUGUAGCUCCGCAGCAAAAGCAACAUGCUGCCAAUCAAGAACUCUUGCAAAAGCAGCAGGACGUUGUUGAUCUUCUAUUGCAAAUAACUCAGGAUCAAAUUCCAAACCCUCAAUUAAAUCACAUCGGCCAUACUUACGAUAUUGUUGCCAAUGCUAACAAAUAUGAAAAUCCGGUAAUCGUUAAGUACUACGGUUACAUGGUUAAUGCUGGUUUGAUUCAGCCCAGAGGUACUGCUUUCUCUAACUCUCAGAGCCAGUUGCGCAAAGAAGCAGCUUUGGUUCAAAAGAUCUUAUUGGGCGCCCUGGACUAUCAAACUUUCUUGAAUACUGCCGCUUAUGCUCGCGUUAAGGUCAACGAAGGACAAUUUUACCAGGCCUUCACUGCUGCCAUUUUACAACGCCCGGACACACAAGAAGUCAUUUUUCCACCACCAUAUGAAGUCUUACCCUCAUACUUCUUAAACUCUAAAGCUAUCCUGCAAGCACAAAAUUCCCAUGGUUUAUACAAUGAAGUUGUUAUCCCUGUCAAUCAGACCACUUACUUGCCCCAUAGAGAAGCUGAAAUUGGUUACUUCACCAAUGACAUUGGACUUCAAAGCUACUAUUCUUAUGUUCAUCUAGCUAAUAACAAUCUGGAAUUGCAGCAACAGCAACAGCAACAGCAACAACAGCAACAACAACAACAUCAACAGCAACAACAUCAUCAACAACAACAACAACAACAGCAACAACAGUACAAUAAUCCAAAUGGUAAAGGAGCUAAAUCCCAGUACCUUCAAAAGCAACUUCUGGCCUAUUACGAAUUGAACCGCCUUUCCAACGGACUUAAUCCAAUUGAAGACGUUGAUUACGUUACCGUACACGCUCCAUUGGAAUCUCAUCUUCUAAAUUACAAUGGCCUCCCAUUCCCUGACCGUCCAGAAACCUUGAAUCUCGAACAACAAGGCAGCCAACAACAGCAAUUGAGUCAGGCCGUGAGGACAUUAGAACAGAGACUUAUUCAAGCCAUUGACUCUGGAUAUGUUCAAACUGCACAAGGUGCUCUGCUUUCUCUUUACCAACCACAAGGCAUAAGCAUUCUUGCUGAUCUUAUCCAAGGAACUGGUAGAAGCGUUAAUCCAAGAUACUACGGCAACCUUCAAGCAGCAGCUAGCCAACUCCUUGGCAACGCUCCCCAUGCUCCAAACAUCUACGAUUACUCGCCAUCCGUUUUGGAACUCCCCGAGACCUCUGUUCGUGACCCUGCUUUCUAUCAACUCCUCAAGAAAGUAAUCAAUCUCUACAACAGAUACCAAGAAUCCUUGCCCGCUUACCAAUACAACCACCUCCUAGUUCCUGGCGUUACCAUCGAAGAUGUUGGCAUUACUCCAUUAACGACCUACUUCAGCUACUUCGACGUUAACCUUACCCAGGCAAUGGGACAUGGACAACAGCAAGGACAACAGCAAGAACAACAAGAAGGACCAGCCAUUGUAGCUCAACUUAAGAUAUUAGAUCACUUGCCUUACAAUUACUAUAUCAAUGUUAACAGUGAGAAACACAUUCCUAAUGCUGUUGUUCGCGUUUACCUUGGACCAAAAUACGACUACCAAGGCCAACCAAUAAGCAUUUCUGAAUCCAGACAUUUAUUCGUUGAAUUCGACCAGUUUGUUAAAAAUCUUAGACAAGGUAAAAAUGUUAUCGCCAGGCACUCUGUGCAAGCACCAGAAAAAAGCUUUGACUAUCCAUCGAUUCAUCUAAUCCAAGAUGGCGUAAACUCUGCUUUACACUCCCAGCAUCCGUUCUACAAGACCAAACCACAAGACAUGUAUGGCUUCCCUGCUAGGCUAUCUCUUCCCAAAGGUACCGACUACGGUUAUCCACUCCAACUUCUCGUAGUGAUUUCCGUACAAGGACAACAACAGCCAAGCUACAAUCCAGUUAUUCCACAACAAUACCAGAACUAUCAGCAAGACUACCAAAUCGUUGGAGUUAAUGAGUAUCAUCAAUCGAGAUCGGAGCCUGGACAAACCGUAGAAGUUGUGCCUGAGCAAAGUAACCUUGAAGAUUUAAUCGAAGCUGUCGCUACCGAACAUGGCAGCCUUUACACUAAACACCCAGCUCAAUCCCAAGCACAAUCCCAAGUACAAUCCCAGGCACAAACUUACCAAUAUGAACAGGCUUCUCAGCAAGCUGGCAUACAAGGAGGUGUCCAAAUUGGACCUUAUGGCAUACACGGAGUGUUCCAAACUGGAGUACAAGGUGGCCCACAUGUAGGAGUACAAGGUAGCCAACAAGUAGGAGUACAAGGUGUUCCACAAUCAGGAGUACAAGGUGUCGUACAAGGAGGCGUACAAGCAGGAGUACAGGCAGGAGUACAGGCAGGAGUACAAGGUGGAGUACAGGCAGGAAUACAAGGAAGAGGAUAUGAAGGAGGUGUAUAUGGUGGCAGCGCUUACUCGCACGUUAGCCAAGGACAACAUGGUUACCAUGGACAACAAGGACAACAAGGACAACAAGGACAGCAAGGACAACAAGGACAGCAAGGACAACAAGGACAGCAAGGACAACAUGGACGACAAGGACAACAAUACGGUAGCGGCCAGACUCACGCCGGUGGAUUCCAAGGCAUCUAUCAAUUUUAUUCCCAAAUUCAAGAGGAACAACAACAACAAGAACAACAACAGCAAGCCAAUAACUAUUAUCAGAACCAAAAUAUCGCUGACUUUAUUGGUGGUGCCAUUUCCUAUGAUGACAAACCUUAUGGUUACCCAUUAGAACGACCUCUUACUGCUGGUGCUCUUGCUGUCCCUAACAUUUACGUGAAAGAUGUUCACGUUUACCACAAGGGUCAACCUACAAACUCGAUCAGCCCGUAAUAACGUCACCGAAAUACUUACGACUAGUGUAUUAAACGUAGCGAUUUGAAUUUGAUCUAUGUCACACUUAAAAAUAACACGCAUUACCGAAGUGUGUGCGUGUGUGUCUGUUUUUAUAUGACUGUGUGUACCUCUUAAUUUGAAAAUGAUAAAAAAGGAUUGAUUAAUACAAAGAAAACGCAAUAAAUAAAUUGUUAUAGAAACUUAUUGGUUCUCAAUAUUUCAGACUUAAUGAUUUCUCAUCAA